UCCUCAGCGGUAAAGCCGGCACCGGACCGAGCGGAGUUGUGCGUGUCGCCGAAGCGGGGGUGGGUCGGGGGAGUGGAGGUUCGUUCCGCGGAGCCGCAGCCAGACCCGGGAGCAGGAAUCACCUUCAAGCCAAUCUAGUGAAGAUUUGGCAGAAAUUAAGAAGGGAAACAUCUCCAUUGUUCUUUGGCAUGGAUAAAUGUUCAGUGGGAGGAUUAGAAUUGACUGAACAGACUCCUGCUUUAUUAGGGAGAACAGCUAUGACAGCUAGUCCCAUGGACACGGGAGAUUCAUUUGGUGAUCCAACUAGUCUUUUAGUCAAUAGAUCUGGCAACUCAUCAGUGGAAGAUGAUGAUGAUGAUGUUGUAUUUAUUGAAUCUAUACAGCCUCCUUCAGUUUCUGCUCCUGCGAUAGCUGAUCAAAGAAAUUUUAUAUUUGCGUCAUCAAAAAAUGAAAAGCCACAAGGAAGUUAUUCCGUAAUUCUUCCUUCUUCAAGAGAUUUGGCUUCUCAGAAGGGAAAUAUAAGCGAGACAAUUGUUAUUGAUGAUGAAGAGGACAUAGAAACAAAUGGAGGGCAGGAGAAAAAUUCUUCUAGUUUUACUGAAUGGGGACUUCCUGGAACUAAAAACAGAACCAAAGAUUUGGAUUUCUCCACUUCCAGUCAUUCAAGAAGUAAGACCAAGACUGGAGUAAGGCCUUUUAAUCCUGGUAGAAUGAAUGUGGCAGGAGACGUAUUUCAGAAUGGAGGAUUUGCACCUCACAGUCCUGAUUCUUGGAUCUCCCAGUCAGCUUCAUUUCCCCGUAAUCAGAAGCAGCCAGGGGUGCAUUCUUUGUCACCAGUGGCCUCGCUUCCUAAACAGAUUUUCCAGCCUUCAGCCCAACAGCAACUUACUAAACCAGCUAAGAUCACUUGUGCAUAUUGCAGAAAACCUUUACAGAAGGGACAGACAGCUUAUCAAAGAAAAGGAUCAGCUCACCUCUUUUGUUCUACCACCUGCCUUUCUUCCUUCUCUCAUAAACGUACUCGAAAGACACGAAGUGUAACAUGUAAAAAAAAUGCAGCUACAAAGAAGGCUACUGUUGUUCCUCUGGUGGAAUCAAGCAAAUCCUUCCGAGAAUUUUAUAGUACAUCUUGUCUGUCUCCCUGUGAAGACAACCAGUAUCUUAAAAAAGGAGUUUUUAAUAAAUCAAGAUGUACAAUUUGUAGUAAAUUAACAGAGAUUCGCCAUGAAGUCAGUGUAAAUAAUGUAACACAUAAACUGUGCAGUAACCAUUGCUUUAAUAAGUACAGAUUGGCCAAUGGUCUAAUAAUGAACUGCUGUGAACAGUGUGGAGAGUACUUGCCCAAUAAAAGUACUGGAAACAACAUCCUGAUGAUUGGAAGCCAGGAGAAGAGAUUUUGCUGCCAAAGUUGUGUUAACAGAUAUAAACAGAUGAUGGAAACAAAAUCAAAAGAAUUAUCAGCAUCAGAAAAUAGAAAAAGGAAUGCUGUUAGAGAAGAAAAUGAAAGACGAUUAUAUGGAUCGUCAGGUACACUUUUGGAAAAAUUAGAGGGACUACCAGAAAAAAAAGGAAAGACUUCAGAGCUACAGAUUUCAGCAGAAUGUAGCGCGGAUACAUUACUGAUCAAACAGAGUGUGAGUUUACCACCUUCUUCCACAUCAACCAUAGCUGAUAAAUUUCAAGAGCAACUGGAAGAGAAAAAAUCAGAAGAGUCCAUUAUACCUGUUGUGCUUUCUACAGAUCCGGGUACAUGGCCCCGAAUUUUGAAUAUUAAACAACGGGACACUCUUGUUGAAAAUGAUCCACCUCAAGUAAGAAAUUUUAACUUUCCAAAAGACAAUACAGGGAGGAAGUUUUCAGAAACUUACUAUACACGAAUUUUUCCAAAUGGCGAAAAAACCACUAGAUCCUGGUUACUUUAUUCAACUUCAAAAGAUUCUGUGUUUUGUCUAUAUUGCAAACUCUUUGGGGAAGGAAAAAAUCAACUGAAAAAUGAGAAUGGGUGCAAAGAUUGGCAGCAUUUAUCACAUAUUCUUAGUAAACAUGAAGAAAGUGAAAUGCACAUCAACAAUAGUGUUAAGUAUUUAAAAUUAAAAUCUGAUCUGAAAAAAAAGAAAACUGAAGCUGCAGAACACAGAUUAUAUGAAGAUGAUGAGAAAAAUGAUGGUGUGCUGCUAUUGUACACAUAAUAUACCAGAUUUGGUUUUUCACAUGACAGGGUCUUUUAGAAAAAAUCUAUACCACAAUAGUCAAUACCAUUGUGUUGUAAGGCUCCUAUACAGAGUAACUUGCAACAGUUCAUUAGCAAUAAGUAUAAUAGCAAAUAAUAGUAAAGAAUAUUUUUAUUCCAAAUCUAAA